AUGGAGCCUCCUGCCCCGAAUACCAGCUUCUCACACACGUAUUUCACCCUCUGCGGCUUUCCUGGGAUCGUGCAGUCCCGGCGGGCCCUCUUCCUACCAUUCUUCUCCAUGUAUAUGAUCUUGGUGAUCAGUAAUGGUGUGAUGAUCUACACAAUCUGGCUGGAGAAGACUCUGCAUUCACCAAUGUAUACGCUCAUUGCUCUGCUCUUUGCCGGCAACCUCUCCUACACUACCGCCAUCAUGCCAAGGUUCCUUCUGGAGCUAACAUUUGACCUGAACCAGAUAACCCUGACCGGCUGCUUACUACAAAUGUUCGUUGUCUACUUAACCGGCGCAUGUCAGUCUAGCCUCCUCGUAUUAAUGGCACUAGACAGGUAUGUGGCGGUAAUAAUGCCGCUCCGCUACCACCGCAUUGUCACUAAGCGAGCGCUGGUGUUGCUGGUCCUUAUUGGCUGGACCCGGAGUCUCCUCUUGAUUUCCCCGAUAAUUCUUGUUGCUUCGGAGGUGCAGUUUUGUAGAUCCAACAUCAUUUUCAGCUUCGCUUGUGAGUACAUGAGUCUCUUGAACCUGGCUUGUGGAGACACCACCAAAGUACAAGUUGUAGGUCUGUGGCCAAGGGUCCUGAUCACAGUGAUUGAUGGGACCAUUAUCCUGGUCUCCUACGUGAAGGUUCUCUCUGCAGUGAGAAUGGUCCUGGAUGGAAGAGCCUCCGAUAAGGCCUGGCAAACAUGUAGCACCCAACUGCUGGUGGGUGUGCUAAUGACUGUGAGUGGCAUGUGUACCUCCAUCGUGUACAGACUCAGCUCUCUCGUUUCAUACGAUGUUCAGAACCUCGUUAGCCUAAUUAAUUUUGUGAUUCCGUCCAGUGCUGACCCCAUCAUCUAUGGACUGAAAAUGAGGGAAAUCAGGAACAGCCUGAAGAAGAUCUACGGCAGGAGACAUUGUGGAGCUUGUGCCUCUAAUACGCAGACAGAAGGCGUCCUCCGGAGGCCGAUGGGACACUAG